AUGUUUUGUGGCGCAUGUUGCGCAGCCGAUUCCGAGCUAGUCGUGCAGAAUGAGAGUGGGACAAAAGCUCCUUUGGCACCGAUGCUUGCAGCAAUGCCGGCGGGUACAGGUGGGGAGCGAUUCGUCAUGACGCUGAAGGACGUGAAUGCUUUCAAGACUUUGGACCUGGACCUGUCUGACAACAAGUGCGUCAUCUUCGCCAACUGCGACGGCGCAGCAGCGGAGUGGAACAAGCAAAGUUUGUCACAGGUCUUCCGAUUUGAUCGCGUCAUUGAGCUGAACGGCCAGCCUUGUUUGGCCACAGAUCUCGUGGAAAAGAGCAAGUCCGAGGACCUUGGCACUUUGCAAUUGACGAUCGAAAGGCCACAAAAGCGCAUGCUCUACUUGCAGAAGCCAGGUCGACUUGGUAUGGACUUAACCUACACCAAGACUCGAAAGGGUUCCAUUAAGCCGUGGAUCACUAACAUUGCCGAUGGACUUGUGAACCAGUGGAAUGCCAACAUGCCGGAGCUUGCAGUUGGCCCACAUGAUCGCAUCAUCAGCGUGAACGGCAGCGGUGGAACACCCAGUGACUUGGUGCAGCUCCUCGGCUCGCCCGAAGAAACCCUGCAGCUUGAGGUUUUGCACUACAACAUCUGA